CGAUGAAGAGGACGAGGGUGAUGAUGAUAAGGUGGUGGUGCAGUUCGAUUCGGGAGAUGAAGACGGCGGAGAGGUGAAGAAGGAAGAAGAGGAGGAGGAGAACAAACCGAAGCGGGAGAAGGUGGAGACGACGAUGGAGGUGGACGACGGCGAGUUCAUGGUCACCAAGCUCAGUGAUAAGACGCUGGAAGCGGGCGGGAAGAAGAAGGCCGAGGUGGAGAAGGAGAUUAAGAAAGAGGCGGCGGCUCCAAAGUCGAGCAAACCUUCCGCGGGCAAAUCGUCCUCCCAGAAAGCGGUGCCCAAGAAUCAGACCUCCAUCAUGUCCUUCUUCAAGAAGGCGCCGCCCAAGUAG